GAACUUCAACAAUGGAGGUUCCUUAUCUCUACAUCUCCCUUCUACUCCUCCUAGCUUCUUAUCUCUUCACAUCUCACUUCCGUCGCAGAAUCCCCAACCUCCCGCCGACCGUCUUCCCAUCCUUCCCCAUAAUCGGCCAUCUCUACCUUCUGAAAGCCCCUCUCUACCGCACCUUCGCCAAAAUCUCCGCCAAAUACGGCCCCAUUCUUCUCCUCCGCUUCGGAUCCCGCCGUGUUCUUAUCGUCUCCUCCCCUUCCGCCGCCGAAGAAUGCUUAACCAAAAACGACAUCAUCUUCGCUAACCGCCCUCGGAUGCUAUUCGGCAAAAUCAUCGGCUUGAACUACACCAGUCUCGCUUGGUCCCCUUACGGCGAUAACUGGCGCAACCUCCGCCGCAUCGCCACCGUCGAGAUCCUAUCUGUUCACCGCCUCAACGAAUUCCACGAUAUUCGCGUCGAUGAAGGUAAGCUGCUGAUCCGUAAACUGCUAUCCGCUUCUUCUUCUCCGGUGAACAUGAAAUCGGUUUUCUAUGAACUGACGCUGAACGUGAUGAUGAGGAUGAUCUCCGGGAAGAGGUACUUCGGCGGCGAUAUUCCGGCGGUGGAUGAAGAAGGGAAACGGUUCAGGGAGAUACUGAACCAGACAUUUUUGCUCGCCGGUGCUGCCAACAUCGUUGAUUACUUGCCGAUUUUGGGUUGGUUGGGGGUGAAGGGAUUGAAGAACAAGUUGAUCGCCCUGCAGGAGAAGAGGGAUGUUUUCUUUCAAGGGUUAAUCGAGCAACUUAGAAAAUCUAAAGGGGGUGAAAGUGAAAAUAAGAAGAAAACGAUGAUUGAAGUGUUAUUAUCGUUACAAGAAUCAGAUCCCGAAUACUACACCGAUGCAAUGAUCCGAAGCCUUAUUCUGGUGCUAUUAUCGGCAGGCACCGAUACUUCGGCUGGAACGAUGGAAUGGGCCAUGGCUCUUUUGCUAAACAACCCACAAGUUCUCCGAAAGGCACAAAACGAGAUCGAUCAAAAAGUCGGCAAAGAUCGUCUCGUUGACGAGUCUGACGUAGCCGAUCUACCUUACCUCCGUUGUAUCAUAAACGAGACGCUCCGAUUGUACCCUGCAGGCCCGUUACUAGUUCCUCACGAGUCAUCAGAGGAUUGUGUUGUCGGGGGCUAUAACAUCCCAAGUGGGACCAUGCUUCUCGUGAACCAGUGGGCCAUACAUCACGACCCGAAGCUGUGGACUGAGCCCGAAAGGUUCAACCCGGAAAGGUUUGAAGGGGUAGAAGGAACACGAGACGGGUUCAAGCUGGCGCCAUUCGGGUCUGGAAGGAGGAGUUGUCCAGGGGAAGGGUUGGCGGUUCGUGUGCUUGGUUCAACCCUUGGGUUACUAAUCCAAUGCUUCGAUUGGAAUAGAAUGAGUGAAAAGAUGAUCGAUAUGAGCGAAGCUCCUGGGCUCACCUUGCCCAAGGCUGAACCGUUGGUAGCCAAGUGCGAACCACGGCUAGAUAUGCAGAAUCUGCUCUCCCAGCUGUGAGUCUAUCAUGCAACCUCUCGUUUAUUAGGAAACAAGUUGGCAUCAACGUGUUUGCCCCUGUUUUUGGCGUUUUCCGACUCGGGACUACGAAUAUUUGUAUGAUAUAUAUACAUCUAUUAAUAGAAUUCGAAAAAAUCAA